AUGGCGACUGCAGAUCUUCCAGAUCAUGAAAAUCAUCACAAUGUGAUAGAAAUAGAUUACAAUGAAAUACAACAAAUAAAAAUUGUAGGAGAAGGUAGUUUUGGUGUGGUAUAUAAAGGAAAAUGGAAAAACACUUUUGUGGCUGUGAAAAAUAUUACUCGCGAGGAAGAAAAAAAGGCAUUUCUCAUCGAAGUACGACAAUUAUCAAGAGUUGACCAUGACAAUAUAGUAAAAUUAUAUGGAGCUUGUACCAAAGGACUGAAUAUUUGUCUUGUUAUGGAAUAUGCUGAAGGAGGAUCUUUAUUUAAUGUUCUGCAUAGAUCAAAUUUAUAUUACACAAUGGCCCAUGCAAUGUCAUGGGCUUAUCAAUGCUCGAAGGGUGUACAAUAUUUACACGCUAUGCAACCAAAGCCAUUGAUACACAGAGACUUGAAGCCUCCAAAUCUGCUUUUAAUAAAUGGUGGAAUCAACUUAAAAAUAUGUGAUUUUGGUACUGCAGCUGACAAAAAUACUUACAUGACUAACAAUAAGGGAUCUGCAGCUUGGAUGGCCCCUGAAGUAUUUACUUCAUCAAAUUAUACAGAAAAAUGUGAUGUCUUCAGUUGGGGUAUAAUACUCUGGGAAGUUCUUUCAAGAAAGAAACCUUUUUACAAUCAAUGCUCCAGCGCCUUCAGUAUAAUGUGGGCUGUACAUAAAGGAAAAAGGCCUCCUCUCUUAAGAGAUUGUCCACCACCUAUUGAGAAUUUGAUGACUUCUUGUUGGGAUCAGGAUCCUAGGAACAGGCCCACUAUGGACGAGAUUGUUUGUAAAAUGGAAAUAAUUUGUUCUCUACUUCCUGGUGCAAACAAACCAAUCCAACCCUCUAACUAUAAUUGUGAUGAAAGUGAUGAUAUUCAAGAAGAAGAUGAAGAAGAAGAGUACGACGAUACGGAGGUCGAAGAAAUUUUUAAUAACACAAUGAAUACAAAUGGUGAUAACGCCGUCAGAACUCUACCUCAACCUACUAGAGAUUUUUUGAAUCCGCUGACUGUCGAGUGUGAUCCUAAAGCUUGGGAUCUGGAUCAAAGUUACUAUAUUCAAACUAUGGCUGGUUUUGAUAAAGCAGUUCCUAAAAACGACCAAAGCUACAGCCUUAUUUAUGACGUCAGCACAAAUAUCGCAGAAAAUGUUAAUGCUGUCGUUGCAAAGUACAUAGGUGGGAAGCGUACAUCCUACUGUUCCAGAGGGUCUUACAAUGCAAGAUGCCAUGCUGCUGUUAAAGGUGUUAAUGACGGAAGAACUUUACAUGAAAUGUUGCAAAAUAAGUUGACAGGGAAGCCAACUGGAACUUACACAAUGAAAUAUAUAAAAAAAAAGAUCAAAGAAAAUGUGAUGACUGUAAAGAGACUAAAAACCUACAAGAGGUAUGAAAAAAGAUCAAAAAAAGGCAAUAAAGAAGAAUUAGACUAUGGAUGUUCUAAUAUUUCCGAUAUUUCGCUGUUAGAAUUGGAAGAAAAAAUGCAUGAGUUUUUGAAGAAACUAGAUAAAAAACAAUCAGAAAUAAACGAUUUAGAAAAAGCUACGAUAGAACAAAAUUGUGCACUUUGGUAUGCUGAACGAAGAAUGCGAGUAACAGCUUCAUGGCAUGGAGCAAUAAGCAAAAUGCGAGAAGACAAUUUGCGAAAAUAA